AUGCAUCGAACAUAUUCUAUGCGCCAGUCGCGCGCUCCUACAGCAUCACAGAUCGAGAAUCCACCUCCACCAAGCUCCUCUACCAAAGCGGGACGACUAUUCGGAAGAAGCCCUGUUGGCCAUGUUUUCCGCAGACAAGCUGCUGGCGCUUUCGGCCCUGAUCUUGCGAAGAAGCUCUCUCAGCUUGUCAAAAUGGAAAAGAAUGUCAUGCGCAGCAUGGAACUCGUCGGACGUGAAAGAAUGGAAGUAGCUCAACAACUCUCCAUCUGGGGCGAAGCUUGUGACGAUGACGUCAGCGACGUAACCGACAAACUCGGCGUCCUGAUCUACGAAAUUGGCGAGCUAGAAGACCAAUUCGUCGACCGCUACGACCAAUACCGCGUCACCAUCAAAUCGAUCCGCAACAUCGAAGCCUCGGUGCAGCCCUCGCGCGACCGCAAACAGAAAAUCACCGAUCAAAUCGCCCAGCUCAAGUACAAAGAACCCAACAGCCCCCGCAUCGUGGUGCUGGAACAAGAACUCGUGCGCGCCGAAGCCGAAUCCCUCGUCGCCGAAGCCCAAUUGAGCAACAUCACACGCGAGAAGCUGAAGGCGGCAUUCACGUACCAAUUCGACGCGAUGCGCGAGCACUGCGAAAAGCUAGCCAUCAUCGCAGGUUAUGGAAAGCACCUCCUCGAACUCGUUGACGACACCCCCGUCACCCCUGGCGAGACCCGCAACGCCUACGACGGCUACGAAGCCUCCAAAGCCAUCAUCCAAGACUGCGAGGACGCCCUCACCAACUGGGUCAGCUCCCACGCCAGCGUCAGCUCGAAACUCUCGACCCGUGCCCGCACCCUUUCUCAGAGGAGGAAGGCCAACGCAGCGAAACACCGUGAGGGACAGGGCGUCGAUCUCGCGAACCAGGAUCAGCCAAUGAAGAGUGAUCGCGACUCCUGGGUUCCGGCGGGUGAGCAUCGUGGUGCCCAUGAGGGUCAGGAGGAGGAGGAGUAUGAAGACGAAGAGGAAGAGGAGGCGGAGGAGGCCAACGUCAAUGGCGAGGGGAGGGGGAGGGAGAGGGAGGGCGAGAGAAGCGCACAUGACGCCGUCACUGCGUGA